AUGUCUGCUCUGGUCCAGGAGUCCCCAGAUCGAGCCGUCACGGCCAUCGAGCCUCUGACAGGAAGCGAUAACUUCGCUACCUGGAAACGUCUCAUGACCUCCUACCUCAAAGCGAGACAGGUCUGGGACGUGGUGUCGGGCGACCUUCAGCGUCCCGACUGCCUUUUCAAGUACGCCAAACCUAUUACGGCGGACAUCCACCCAUUGGUGGAGCCCCACCUCAGUGGGGCGGUGAGGCAGCGCGCCAUCGAUGCGCGCCUCGAAGUGGAGGUCCAGGCGUUCGAGCGUCACCGUGAAUGGUCGCGCCGCGAAGCCGAAGCCUACCACACCAUCUUCCGAUACCUGUCCCCCCACAUCAGCAUUCACGUCGCGGGGCUCGAGACGUCUCGUGACCUCUGGAAUGAACUUGAAGAACGGUAUCGGCGGAUGGAACUCGCCACGUUCUGCGAGCUGUUUGCCCAGUUGCGUGAAACCACUGGUGAGCGCUGCGGCAGUGCGCGGGAAUUUGUCGAUCGGGUACGAAUGUUAGUACAUCGGUUGAAUGCUAUUGUCCCGGGAUCUAUCGGUGACCGGACGCACAUCGCGAUCCUGUUGACGCAGAUCGGACCGGAAUACAUCUUGAUCGUGGACGCGAUCCAGAAUGACAAGGAUCCAGUCAACCCGACCACGAUCGGAAACCGUCUGGCAAAUGCUGAACAGACGGUGCAGCGAAAGGACGCAGCGAUGCUCCCGCACGGGGUUCCUGGCGGACCGAGAAGCCCCUCAAUCAAUACAGUGCAGAAGAACACUAAGAAAUGCAACUACUGCAAGAAGCGCGGACAUGUCGUUGCGCAAUGCUGGAAGAAACAGCGAGAAACGCAGCCGUCCAGGGACCAUGCCCUGAAGGCCGAGAGGAAUCGGCAGGGCCCGCCGACUUCCAAGAGACCGAGGAUCAAUAUCGUCAGGGCGAGGGUGACGACCCUUUAUACCCACGCACCGCAACCCCGGUGGAUCCUGGACUCUGCCGCUACCAGCCACAUCCGCUGGGACCGGAGCUGUUUUACCAGUUUGCGGCCCCACCGCGAGGUGUUGGACACGGCGGGCGAUCCAGUAAAAGCCGAAGGGAUUGGUACGGUGAAGCUCACGCUCCGGGAGAAGUUUAACCAACCCCUGGUGUUGAAGAACGUGUACUUCGUGCCACGCGUCGGGAUGAACCUGAUCAGUGUGCCGAAGCUGUUGCGAGACCGCUACUCGGUGGUGGCGCACCCGCAGAACGUCUUUGUGCAACGCCGAGGACGAACCGUGGGGACCGCCUACCAUGCGGAGGAGGAUCUGUUGAUCCUGCGGUGCCACGUGAGCAAAAGAUCUCGAGAGCGAGUCCAACUGGCGAGGGCGCCGAUGACCCAUGACCAUGCAGAUUCCCUGGAACCGCAGGCGGUGGUCAUGGACGUCGACGACCCUGAGGAGUCAAGUGGCGUAAGAUGCGCAUCGCCAACCUCUGAACUCGGUGGUGAAGCACGGAUGCUCGAAGCAGAUGCUCGCACAGGAGUGGACCAGGCCUCCGAAGCGCUGUGGCACGCUCGGAUGGGACAUCUGAACCGGGGCGACUUAAGGGUGGUCCUCCGGCAGACCGGCACUCCGUACCGACCGCUGACGCAGGCGCAACUGCAGGCAACGCCGCAAUGCCCGGCGUGCAUGUCGGGUAAGCAGCAUCAGAAGAGGAACUCCCGCGCAAGACGGCCAUGUCUGCAUUCAACGAGAAUUUUUGAAUUGAUCCACUCGGACAUCAUGGAGAUGCCGAUCGCCAAAGAUGGUAGCAGGUACGUGAUCACCUUUACUGACGAUUAUUCUCGGGGCUCAUGGGCGUAUGCCAUGAGAUGGAAACAUGAAGCGCUGCAGAAGUUCCGACAGUUUGAGGCCUGGGUGCACGGACAGUUCGGCGCCCAGAUUAGAAGAUUCCUCACCGACAAUGGUAGAGAAUAUCUGCCGAUCGGAACACACCUCGAAAGCCAGGGAGUCGAGUUUGACACCUCGCCGCCAUACUGCAAGGGGCAGAAUGGGCUGGCCGAACGCACGAAUCGCACUAUCCGGGAGCGGAUCAACACGCUCCUGUCCGAUGCGAACCUUCCUCCUUCCUGGUGGACCGAGCUUUUGGACACGGUGGUCUAUCUGAAGCUGCGCGCCCCAGCAUCGAUUCUGCAAAAGAAGACACCGUAUGAAGUGAUUUACGGGACGCCGCCCUCGCUCUUGCAUCUGCGACGGAUCGGCUCCCGUGCCUGGGUGUUGAUCCCAAAAGAGCAUCGAGCCAAACUCGGACCGAGGUCGUUCGAGUGCCGACUGCUAGGGUAUUGCGACCCCAACCAGUACAAGCUGUACGAAAUCCAUUCUGGAAAGACGGUCUUCUCCCGUGAUGUCGAGUCCGAUGAGAGGACCCCCGUGGCGCCAUUCAUCGAGGGGGGAACAGGCAACGACCUCCCGGACAACGCUCCUCCGUCGCCUGUCUUUUCAUCGAUCCCACGCUUAGCCAGCGGGCUGCCAACACCUCCUGCAUCGCCAUUAUCUCUGUCGAAUGGGCAAGAGAAAAUGCCCGAGGAGAUCCCUCCAGUGGUCAAUCCAAUCGAACAGGGACUUGACGUGACCUCGGAUCUUGGGUACUCAAUCUACGGUCGCCGACGAAGACCGUCACGGCGUCUUCUGGAGUCACUCGGCAAAGUGUACUCGACAGGCGCAUUGAAGGCCAUUUCGGACAGACAAGUCGAUCCGGUGACCUUUGGCGAAGCUGUGUCAGGCGCAGACCAGCUGGACUGGUGGGCCGCUAUCCAGAAAGAAUAUGCGUCGCUUCUCGAACACGGCACUUGGGAAAAGAUCCGGCGACAAGACGUUCCGGCCAGUGCUCAUGUGAUUGGCUGCAAAUGGGUCUUCAAGACCAAAGCGAACGGGAUGCGUAAAGCGCGGUUGGUUAUCAAAGGCUACCGGCAGAAACAGGGCGUCGACUUUCAUGAAACAUUUGCGGCUGUUUCCAGGAUGGACUCAGUCCGAUGCAUUGUCGCCAGCGCCGUGCUACGCGGAUGGAAACUCCACCAAUUUGAUGCUGUCACCGCCUUUCUUCAUGGAGAUAUCGACUCAUCUAUCUAUAUGGAGCUGCCCGAGGGCUUUGAAGAGCCAGGGUACGUAUGUCAGCUGCGCCGUUCACUGUAUGGUCUGAAGCAGGCUCCGCGGAUUUGGUACCAAUGCGUCCACCGCGUCCUGGCUUCUCAGGGUUUCACUAUGGCCCAAUCGGACAACUGUGUGUUCUACAAGCCGCACUGUGUCGUUUGUGUUUAUGUCGACGAUUUUCUUGUUGCUGCCGCGGAUGCACAUGCCAUCCAACAGGUGCAGCAAGCAUUGCAAGCGGAGUUCCAGCUCAAUGAUCUGGGUACCCCACAGUCAUUCCUCGGGAUCCAGUUUGACCAUCAUGUUGACGGGUCUAUAUCCAUUCACCAGAGCCAGUACAUCCAGAAGGUGCUCUCCGACUUUGGUAUGGAGACCUGCCAGCCGAAGUCUACGCCGAUGAAUCCUAAGCAAAGCCUGAAUUCUCGCCCAGAGGAACCUCCGGAUGAAGAAGCAAAAUCUCGCUACGCGAUCGCUAUUGGCUCGCUCAUGUAUUUGAUGGUUGGCACGCGACCAGACAUCGCGUUUGCGCUAGGGAUGUUGAGUCGCUUCACAUCUCAGCCACAAUCGCAUCAUCAAGUCGCCCUUCAGCGGCUGCUACGCUACGUCAAAGCCACACAAUCAUACCGGAUCACCUACCGCAGUGGGCAGCUAAUUGGAUACACAGAUGCCGAUUUUGGUGGCUCUGUCGUCACUGACGGUGCCUACUCAACAUCUGGAUAUGUUUUCCAACUUGCAGGUGCGCCAGUUUCCUGGUCGUCCAAGAGACAGGGGGAAGUGGCCACAUCUACGACUCAUGCCGAGUACAUUGGCCAAUACAAUGCCAUUUUACAUCUGCAAUGGCUUCGCACGUUUCUAGCAGAAACAAAUCUGUAUCGAUCCCCAAUCACUCAUAUCAUGGCUGACAACCAAUCCGCUAUUGCGCUCUCCCAUAAUCCCGAAUUUCAUAAACGGACCAAACACUUCAAUGUGAAGUUCCAUUAUCAGCGAUCAGUGCUGAAUGCAGGAGAAAUUGACCUACAGUACGUUCCCACCAAGGAACAGGCCGCGGAUGGUCUCACCAAGCCAUUGGGACCUACAGCCUUUGUCAAGUUCUGCAGUCUUUUAGGAAUCGACGCUUCGGAGAUUCCAAGGCAACGUGCAUGA